UCACUGUCACUGCAGACUUCUCGUAUCAUAUCAUCUCCACCUGAUUCGCUUAGUACAAAAACUAGGAAAAUCAAAUAUCCAAAAAAUAAUUAUCAAAAUUUUUUGUAUUCCUAUAGAUAAAGCAAAAAAAAAAAAAAGUGUAUUUGGUACAAAUACCAACAAAUAGACAGACAUAUAAAGAAGCUUUCUUUUCUUCCUUCUCAUGUUCUGCACUACUCUCUCUCUCUCUUUCUCUCUCUAGCUUUCUUGCUUUUUAGUUUUUGACUGAAAAAAAAUAAAAAUCUUUUUUUUAUGGGUUUUGCUUAAUAUAUUUGUUGGAAUAUUUCACUUUCUUGUUAUUAUGGCUACCAUGUUUUUAGUUCUCUCUUUGCUUCUGUUUUCUGCUACUGUUUCUUUCUCAUAUGAAGCUCGAAAUCAUGAAGUGGAAGCUUUAAUUGCUAUAAGGAGAAGUUUGAAUGACCCAAAUGGAGCUUUAAGUAAUUGGGAUGAAGAUUCUGUUGAUCCUUGUAGUUGGGCUAUGAUCACUUGCUCUUCUGAAAAUCUUGUCACUGCACUAGGAGCACCAAGUCAAGGUUUAUCUGGGGUUUUAUCUGGGAUGAUAUCAAACCUUACAAACCUUAAACAAGUUUUACUGCAAAACAACAAUAUUUCUGGGCAUAUUCCAAAUGAGCUAGGGAAACUGCCCAAUCUUCAAACAUUGGAUCUGUCUAAUAACCAUUUCUCUGGUCAUGUGCCUGAAUCUUUGAGUCUACUAAACAGUCUUCAAUAUCUGAGGUUGAACAACAAUAGCUUGUCUGGUGCUAUUCCUCUUUCUUUAGCAAGGGUCCCUCAACUUGCUUUCUUGGACUUGUCCUUCAAUAACCUGACUGGACCUAUUCCUAAAUUCCCGGCCAGAACUUUCAAUGUUGUUGGUAACCCUUUGAUUUGUGGAAAUCACUCCACUGAGACUUGUUUUGGAUCAGUAAAUCCGAUGCCCCUUUCAAUGUCUAUUGAUUCCACUGAUAAACGCAGCUCGAAAAGACUAGCUGUUGCACUGGGACUUAGCAUCAGCUUUGUCUCUCUUUUCCUCUUAGGCUUUGGAUUCAUAUUUUGGAAAAGAAACCAGAACAGGAAACAGUCAAUUCUUAACAUUAAUGAUAUGCAAGAGGAGGAUCUAGUUAGACUAGGAAAUCUCAGAAGCUUCACAUUUAAAGAACUUCAACGUGCAACGAACAAUUUCAGCUCCAAGAACAUUCUUGGUGCGGGUGGAUUUGGCAAUGUUUACCGGGGAAAGCUAGGGGAUGGCUCGUUCGUGGCAGUGAAACGACUGAAAGAUAUUAGUGGAACUGCCGGAGAAUCACAGUUCCGCACAGAAUUGGAGCUAAUUAGCUUGGCAGUGCAUAGAAAUCUGCUCAGGUUAAUUGGUUACUGUGCUACACCAAACGAGAGACUCCUCGUAUAUCCUUACAUGUCUAAUGGUAGUGUGGCAUCAAGACUUAGAGGAAAACCGGCACUAGAUUGGAAUACUAGGAAGAGGAUUGCAAUUGGAGCUGCUAGAGGUCUUCUUUAUCUUCAUGAACAAUGUGAUCCGAAGAUAAUCCACAGAGACGUGAAGGCAGCGAACGUUCUAUUAGAUGACUACUGUGAGGCUAUUGUUGGGGACUUUGGCCUCGCUAAGCUUCUUGAUCAUGCAGAUUCUCACGUUACCACAGCUGUUCGUGGCACAGUUGGUCACAUUGCGCCCGAGUACCUUUCCACUGGUCAAUCAUCCGAGAAAACGGAUGUGUUUGGAUUCGGUAUCCUCUUGUUAGAGCUUAUAACUGGGAUGCGAGCAUUUGAGUUGGGAAAAACAGUAAACCAGAAAGGAGCAGUACUUGAAUGGGUUAAGAAAAUGCAGCAGGAGAAGAACGUUGAAGCUCUCAUCGACAGAGAACUCGGGAGCAACUACGACAGGAUUGAUGUAGGGGAGAUGCUACAAGUGGCUAUACUUUGUACUCAAUACUUGCCGUCCCACCGUCCCAAGAUGUCCGAGGUGGUCCGAAUGCUUGAAGGCGACGGCCUUGCUGAAAAAUGGGCUGCCUCUCAUAACUAUGAUGGUAACAAAACUCAGAUUAACCAUUCUAUGGUCCCUGGAAAUGAUGAUAAUGAUCAUGAUUAUGACCAUUUGACCACGUUUGAGAUGAUGGAUGAUGACUAUGACACUCAUGCCAUGGAACUGUCAGGUCCAAGAUAAUAGCAAAAUAUCCAAAUGAAAAGAAAAUAGAACAAAAAUAGUUGCUUAAUAUUCUUUUUUAAUUUUUUUAGGUUAGUACCACAAUCAACUGUCUGAAGUUAGGAGUAGGAGAAGCAAAAGAAAGUUGUUCUUUGUGUUUUUUGUUCUUUAGGAAGUAGAGGGUGUGAAAAUUGGCCUUUGUUUCAUUUGAUACCUUUCUAGGUGUUUUUGGCUAUAUUGUAAAUAACAAUAUCUACUGGUCUUUACCGAAGUAUUUAACUUAUAUGCACUGAUAGUGUAAAAAAGUUCAAACUCUGGAGUAAAUAGUCUUUUUAGUUGUUACCUUUAGGUUGUUGAGGGUGUAGAAAUUGGCCUUUGCUUCAUUUAAUACCUUUUUAGGUG